AUGAUUCAGCUCCCACGAAGCAUGGGUUUGGCUUUUCAGCAGAUACGGGAGUUGCAAUUGUACAAAUUUGAAGAGCUUAGGGAGCUGCCGGACACAUUGUCACAGCUCCAACAUCUGAUAUUGUUAGAGGUCGUUGAAGCACCCAAGCUGACGUCAAUCCCUGAUGGCAUCGGAGCAUUAUCCAGGUUGAUUGAGCUGGAUCUGUCAGGAUGUAAGGCCCUGCAACAGCUACCAUCAACACUCACCCAGCUUAGCUGCCUCUCUAUUCUUACACUUGAAUAUACUUCCAUCAGCUCCCUUCCUCCCAGGUUUGCACAGCUGACCAGGCUCAGAACGCUCAAACUCUCUUGCUGUAAUCAAUUGAGGGCCUUGCCAGAUGAUUUGACCGAGCUGAAGAUGCUGCAGCAUUUGGAUGUUAAAGGAUGCAAGCAAGCGCUCGAUGGCAUCUCCCGUGCACUGCGCUAUGGACUCCGGGACAUGCAUGGGCUGAAAUUCAUGAAGUACUAG